AUGGACGACUUUCCAUGGGAUCAGGUGAAAGCAGGGGAUCUGGAGAGCCUGCAUGUCGUUCUCUUGUCGAGUUCGACUUCUCGCAGAAUUCGUGCUCUCCAGGAACUCCGCGAUCGAAUUGUCUCGGAUCUUCCUCAACAAACCCGUCAGCCUCUUAUUGACGUUCUCUUCAAGACCUAUCCUUUAUAUAUCGACCGUGCAUCCCGACAGGCCGUCCAGCAAUGUAUUCGCUCUCUUCUGGCGACUCCCGUCCCGACCGACGAUCUCAAGUUCCUCACGCAGAAGCUGCAGAUCGAGGCCUCCAAACCCGGAUUGGCUCCUAGUUCUGCCUUCGUGCUUCUGGAAUGGUGUUCGAUUUUGCUCCAGAAAUUCAAAGAUGACUCGGAGACACCCCUUUCCAUCAUUGUGGACCUCAUGGCGGUGGACGCAAAGGUCCUGGAAAUCUGUCUGUCGGCCAAUCCUAAGCCAGCCGUGAAGAUGUCCGCGCUCAGGGUCACUAGACGCGCUUUGCGGGCUGUUUUCUCAUCGCCCAUUCGAGGUGAUGACGCGGUUCGUCAGUCCGUCCAUCGGUUAACCAGAGACGCGAACGUAGGUCAGAGGAAUGCUCCUUUCCUCGGUGUGAUUUCUGGGGUUUGCGCUCGUCUGCCGGGCAAGAAGGCCGUGUUGGAGGGAGAGAAGAAAGUGAUCAUAGCAUUUUACGUCAAGGAACUUGUCGGAGCAAAGGCUGCGCCGCCGAGUCACCUUACCGAUGUCCUGUUCGACUUCUUCGUCUCCUUCGUAACUGAAGAAGACCUGGUGUCCGAGAUUAUACCACCUUUGGAGAAGGCUAUUUUGCGGGCUCCCGAGGUAAUUUUCAGCGGAUUGGUGCCUUCGCUUUGCGCCUCGCUGCCGGCUACCAUUGACCUGUCGGAGGUUCUGCAGUCCCGGCUGCUGAAGCAUCUUCUAUCAAGCAUGAAAUCGAACAGUCCUGCCGUCCGACAAGGUGCAGUCAACUCUUUCGAAUCAUUGCUCUUCAAAUCCAAGGUCGAGACCUUGGUUCUCAAGACCAUAGGUGAGGUUAUCGCUCCUCUCAAGACUCAGAAAAUCACGAAUCCGGACCACCGUGCGGCGUAUGCUCGAAUACUCUCUUCUGCCUUGCAGUCGGUGAGCAUUUCAAAGGAGGUGGUUCAGGGCCUUGUUCCUGUGUUUUUGCGGGAGUCCAACGAGGCUGCCUUGGAACAAGAAAUCAAAGCGUUCUGUACACAUCUAGGGGUCCUUGUCCGGUCAAAGGUGAAGGUCAGCGAUGAUGUUGUCAACACCAUUGUUAAAGGUUCUGCAGAAAAGCGAAUUCCAUUUCGAAAGCUUUGGCAACUCAACGUUGGGGGAGUUUUUUGGGAUGCGGAUGCUACAAACUUAGUUAACCCUGAUGUUGAGCCUCUUGUGACUAAAUUUCUCAGUAAGAUGAAGGAGCUGUUCAUGGAAGUCUCUUCUAAUCCCUUGCCAUCGGCCCAGAGCGGCUCUCUAUCAACAGCAUAUAUCUUUGUGGCGCUCGCUGAACGGUUAGCUGCCGUGCAGGGCUUUGACCAGGCAACCUGGGAAACUGUAGUAGCCCAGUCUUUGGCUCUUCGUCCGAAGCCGUCUUUCCUUGUGAACCCCAAAGCCUACUCGAAAUUGACAUCUCAAGAUGAGAUUGAGUGGGUUGUUAGGGCGCUUUCGGCUAUUACGACGAGCCCAAAGUUUGAGAAUUCUGAAGAAUCCACUAUGGUUGCCUGGGGACAAGCAUAUAUCUUUGCAAUAACUGCGCCGGGACUCCACACAGACUUUCGCGAAAGGACUGCUGAGAAAGAAUCCGCACCAGUUUCAGCGGGGCAGGAAAGCGAAAGAUACCUCCAUCUAAUUGCAAAGGCCAUCUGCCCCUCUUCCUCUGCCAUACCUGAGCCGGAGAUGAUUUCUUCUAAUUUGAAGAGUCAGCUUGUCAGCCUUCUUGUCCUUUGCCGGCCAGAACUGAUCCCCAAUGCGUCAUGGAUUGCUUUGUGCCUGCGGACUGGAACAGAUCCCGGCCUUCUUGUUCGUGAAUUUCCCGAUCAAUGCAUGGAACAGUUGACACGGAUCCAGGAGGACCCCAUUCAAUCCAAACUCCCACAAGUCGAAGCGGCUAUGCGGGCCGCAGCGGGAGACCUGGCCUUUGUAGCCCCUGACACAAUGGUGCCUCAGCUUGUUGGCCAGAUUACAGAUGACCUGAAUGUCUCCCGACUAUCUAGGUUUACUCCGACCGAUGCUGCUAUCGCCCGUACCCCAGAAGGUACCAUGUUCGUUGAUGUUCUCAGCACCAAGUCGAAACAGCCUGCCUUUGACAAGAACACCAAAGACUACGAUACCCUCAAGUGGGAGGAGGAAUUACGUGCACAAUUGGCAGAGAAGAAGGGCGAGAAACAGAAGAAACUUACCGCAGAUGAGCAGUCUAAAGUGAAGGCGCAGCUCGCGAAAGAGGCUAAGAUCCGUGAGGAGGUUCUCCAAGAAGUGAGGAGGAUUGAAAGAGGUGCCGAGAUCAUCCAAGGUCUCGCAGAUGGGCCCGCCGUUGACGCGGACGGCUGGAUCAAUUCCGCCGUGGGUUCUUUGCUAUCCAUCUCGCAAGCUGGCGCUGAUAUGUUUGUCGGUGAUGCCAUUUCCAAAGCAUAUAUCAAAUGCUCGGAGAAGGUAUCUAGCCGUUUGGGCCCCCUGCGUCGUUUCGUCGGUAUCGCCACUCUGCGGGCGCUUGGUAAAAGCUAUCUUUCCCCGGAGAUGGAAACGGAACCUCUGGGGCAGCUCGUAACUAGGAUCCUUUACCGUUUGCGAUUUGCAUCAGAACAGCGCCCCCUCGACAUCUCGUCCUUGGCUUACGUUCUUCCUUUAAUCUUUGCCGUCCUCAGUCAAAACGGGGUUGACCAGAAGAAAGGAGAAGAAGGAGAGCAAGUGCUACUCGCCCUUGAAUUUUUGUCCUUCCAUUCGAGUUCAUUCACGGAUGAUCGUCUUCCUCGUGUCAAGGUUCUGGACCACCUGCUCACAUCGAUGCAGAAGUAUACUCCCCACUACAAACUGAUCAAAGAUACUUUGUUUGAUUUGUGCAGAUGCAUUUCGUCAAGUAUAAGCAAAGACGAGCUCGAUAUUCUCCUCAAAGGCACCAUCGUCCCGGAUACGUCUGUUCGGACAUCGGUCUUGCAGGCUAUUGAGGCUGAGAUUGACUUGACCGAUCUCGACUUCUCCGAGCACAUCUGGCUGGAAUGUCACGACAGCGUGGAGGAGAAUGCUGAUGUUGCAGAAACUAUAUGGGAAGAGAAUGCCCUGGAGGUCGAUGACUCUGCUUAUGGAAAAAUUAUUCCCUAUCUUGCUUCCAAGGAUUCGCAGCUCCGUGGUGGUGCUGCCCGCGCGUUGGCACACGCCAUUGAAUUCAAAUCGUCCAUGUUUGGGGAUGUUGUUUCGGAACUGCAGUCCAAGUUUGAGAGCGAGGCCAGACCCAAGGUACCAGAGAAAGACGCGUACGGAAUGCCCAAGAAAAUGGACAUGACGGAUCACUGGGAAUUCCGCAGUGGCAUUGCUCUCGCCUUUAGCGCAAUGACUUUUGGAUUUGAAGGAGACCAGAUCGUCUCAUUCCUCAGAUUCUUGAUUGAAAGAGGCCCUCUGAUCGAUCGUAGCGGCGUUGUUAGGGCUCAGAUGGCUGAUAGUGGUAGAUCUGUCAUUGCUGCGCGUGGUCAGCAGAAAGUUGAAGAAUUGAUGGGGCUAUUGGAGACGACAUUAAAGACAUCAGACAAGGGCAGUGAAACUUCGGAUCUUCUCAAUGAAGCCGUGGUCGUCUUGUACGGAUCCCUUGCCCAGCAUCUCAAGGCGGAUGAUCCCCGUUUGCAGACUGUUAUCCAAAGACUCCUCGCUACCCUUCCAACGCCCUCAGAAACAGUGCAGUCGGCAGUUUCUGGGUGCCUUCCCCCUCUCAUCCGGCUUUCCGACUCCCGGAGCUCAGGGUAUGUUCAGGAGAUGCUAGACCAGCUUCUACAGUCAAAGAAAUAUGCCACCCAACGUGGCGCGGCUUAUGGACUUGCUGGUAUAGUCAGCGGCAAGGGUAUUUCCACGUUGCGUGAGUUCCAGGUCUUGGCUCAUCUCCGUGCGGCAAUGGAGAACAAGAAAGAGCCACAUCAGAGGCAAGGCGCCCUGUUGGCUUACGAACUUUUUGCGACAAUCCUUGGACGCAUCUUCGAGCCAUAUGUGAUCCAAAUCGUCCCGCAACUCCUAGCUGGCUUCGGUGACCCCAACACUGAUGUUCGUGACGCCUGCCUCGACGCAGCGAAAGCUUGCUUUUCCAGUCUCAGUUCCUAUGGUGUCAAGAAGAUUCUACCCACCCUUCUUGACGGUCUCGAUGACACGCAAUGGCGAAGUCAAAAGGGUGCCUGUGACCUCCUGGGAGCCAUGGCGUAUCUGGAUCCGCAGCAACUAGCGGCAAGCUUGCCAGAUAUCAUUCCUCCACUCACAGUUGUUCUGAAUAAUACUCACAAGGAGGUGCGCAAUGCUGCGAACCGAAGUCUUCAGCGUUUCGGGGAGGUAAUUAGCAACCCUGAAGUGAAGGGUUUGGUUGACGUGCUCUUGAAAGCUCUGAGUGACCCGACGAAAUACACGGACGAGGCCCUGGAUGCUCUCAUCAAGGUUUCCUUUGUUCAUUAUCUGGAUGCCCCCUCCUUGGCCUUGGUUGUUCGCAUUCUUGAGCGUGGCCUUGGGGAUAGGUCGACGACCAAGCGGAAAUCUGCUCAAAUCAUCGGUAGCUUGGCUCAUCUUUCUGAGCGCAAAGAUCUCAUUACACACUUGCCAAUCAUUGUUUCUGGCCUGCAGCUAGCCAUCGUUGACCCCGUCCCCACUACCCGUGCCACCGCGUCCAAGGCCCUUGGAUCCCUAAUUGAGAAGCUCGGAGAGGAUGCCCUUCCCGACCUUAUUCCGAAUCUCAUGUCUACGCUUAAAUCGGAUACCGGCGCCGGUGACAGGCUUGGAUCUGCUCAAGCCCUUUCGGAGGUUCUGGCAGGUCUGGGAACGACAAGACUCGAGGAGACCCUCCCUACCAUCUUACAGAACGUGUCCAGCGCGAAGCCAGCUGUUCGUGAAGGAUUUAUGACCCUCUUUAUCUUCCUUCCGGCCUGUUUCGGAAACAGCUUCGCUACUUACCUCAGCAAGAUUAUCCCGCCUAUCCUUGCAGGUCUCGCAGAUGACAUCGAGUCGAUUCGCGAGACUUCUCUUAGAGCGGGUCGUCUGCUGGUCAAGAACUUUUCUUCGAAGGCCAUCGACCUUCUUCUUCCAGAACUGGAACGCGGCCUGGCGGAUGACAGUUAUCGCAUCAGAUUGAGCUCCGUUGAAUUGGUUGGCGAUCUUCUCUUCAGCAUUACCGGUAUCACGGCUAAGGCCGAUGCCGAGGAAGAGGCUGAGGAAGUCACUCAGGCUGGACAGUCUCUACUUGAGGUUCUUGGAGAAGAGAGAAGAAACAAGGUCUUGUCCGCUUUGUUCAUUUGCCGCUGCGAUACCUCGGGUCUUGUCAAGAGUGCAGCCAUGGGCGUAUGGAAGUCACUUGUUGCUUCUCCCAAGACUCUUAAGGAUAUGGUGGGCACCCUGUCCCAGUUGAUCAUACGACGCCUUGGUUCCUCAAACAUGGAGCAAAAGGUCAUUGCCAGCAAUGCACUUGGAGAUUUGAUCAAAAAAUCUGGAGAAUCUGUUCUCUCAACUCUGCUUCCUACUCUCGAGGAAAGCCUGCAGACAUCGCCCGAUGUGGAUGUCAAACAAGGUAUCUGCAUUGCUCUCCGGGAGCUCAUUACUUCUGCGUCAGCCGAUGCUCUUGAGGAUUACGAGAAAGUCCUCAUUUCUACCGUCCGCGUGGCUUUGGUGGACCACGAUGAGGAUGUGCGUGAAGCUGCUGCGGAGGCUUUCGAUGCACUGCAGCAAAUCUUGGGCAAGAAGGCUGUCGACCAAGUCCUGCCUCAUCUUCUGCUCCUGUUGAGAAAUAAUGAGGAUGCCGAGCAGGCGCUAUCAGCACUCUUGACACUUCUUACCGAACAGACCCGUGCCAACAUUAUCCUUCCCAACCUCAUCCCGACGUUGCUCACUCAUCCCAUCUCGUCAUUCAACGCCAAGGCUUUGGCAUCCCUGGCUGAGGUUGCCGGCUCCGCAAUGACACGCAGACUGCCGACAAUUUUAAGCUCAUUGAUGGACGACAUCAUAUCAACCACGGAUGAUGGCCUUCGUGAAGAAUUGAGCAGUGCAUUUGACACUGUCUUGGUGUCUGUUGAUGAAUUUGACGGGCUUAACGUUGUUAUGAAUGUCAUGCUCACACUUCUGAAACACGAUGACCAUCGCCGCCGCGCCAGAGCGGCGAUCCAUCUGAAUAAGUUCUUUUCUGAUGCAUCAAUUGACUAUUCCAGAUACUACCCAGACUUGAUCCGCGUGCUGCUCAUCUCUUUCGAUGACAGCGACAAGGAUGUCGUCAAGGCUGCAUGGACUGCCCUGAGUGGACUGACUUCUCACAUGCGGAAGGAGGAGAUGGAAGUGUUGGUGAUACCUGUUCGUCAGGUUCUACGGGGAGUGGGUGUCCCCGGAGCCAAUCUCCCCGGCUUCAGCUUGCCAAAGGGCAUUACCGCUAUCUUGCCGAUUUUCUUGCAGGGUCUUCUCAACGGAACUGUCGAUCAGCGUACGCAGGCAGCACUUGCCAUCGGUGACAUUGUCGAUCGUACCGGUGCCGAUUCCUUGAAGUUAUUCGUGACCCAGAUUACCGGUCCACUUAUUCGAGUCGUGUCUGAACGAUCAGUGGAUAUUAAAUGCGCAAUCUUCUUCACCCUAAAUAAACUCCUGGAAAAGAUCCCGCUGGCGGUCAAACCGUUCUUGCCUCAGCUUCAGCGAACAUUCGCCCGUGGUCUGGCAGACUCAACAAGUGAGACCUUGCGCAACCGGGCAGCCAAGGGUCUUGGGAUCUUGAUUACGUUGACCCCCAGAGUCGACCCACUAAUUGCAGAACUCAUUACGGGAACGAAGACAGCAGCAGACGUUGGUGUCAAGAACGCCAUGAUGAAGGCCCUCCAAGAAGUGGUUGGCAAGGCUGGUGGCAAUAUGAACGAGACCUCCAAGAAUUCCAUCCUUGCUCUUAUUGACGACGAUACCAGUGACCAGACCGAUACUGUGGCCAUUACAAACGCCAAAUUGCUCGGGGCCCUCGUGAAGGUUCUCCCUGCUGCCAUCGCAGGCCCUCUUAUCAAGAGCCGUGUGCUCACAGCGCACAUUACACAUGCGUCGGUGCUGGGGCUUAAUGCGUUACUCGUUGAAUCUCCCACAUCGCUAACUGAGCAUUUUGCCGCCGAGACGCACUCAGUUAUCUGCCAGGGUGUCUCGAAUAAGGAUCCCUUCAUUGCCGAUAACAGCGUCCUUGCCGCGGGCAAGUACUUGUUGGUGGAAUAUGAGCAUCGCAACUUCGAGAGCAACAAGGCUAUCUUCGAAGCAUUGGCUCCCUGCAUCCAGCCAGGUACACCUUCGGACACGCGCCGGCUGGCUCUGGUGGUUAUCCGUACCGUGACUAGGCUUCACCCGGAGCUGACUCGACCCCAUCUCGCCCUGCUAGCACCGCCCGUCUUCGCCAGCGUUCGCGAUGUCGUGAUCCCUGUCAAGCUGGCUGCGGAGUCCGCGUUCCUAGGCCUUUUCUCAGUUGUGGAGUCCGAAAGCACCGUGUUUGACAAAUAUAUGGUGGGACCUGGAGCAGAGCUUCCGCCGGGACCGAAGCGGAGCAUGUCCGACUACUUCAAGCGUGUUGCACUUCGCCUUGGUGGACAAGCCCGAGAACGUAGAGAAGCGGAGGGUGGACAAGGGGGACUGGGACUCUCCAAUGACGAGGUUGAAGAUGAAAGGGAAGUGUGGAGCAUUGGGAAGGUGGAUCUUGGGGAGGCUUCCUUUGAAGAGUGA